AUGACGCGGGCUGUGUUUGUUUUCCGUGCCGCGCAGAGACAGAGACACGGAGACAGACAGAGACACGGAGACAGACAGAGACAGAGACAUGGAGACACCCAGCAGCGACUGCAAAGCGGACGAGCUGCCCGCACAAGAGGCUCCGGAGGCGGACAGAACUACGUCCCGGUCCGACAGUGGGAGUGGAGACGAUUCCUUGGAUGGCCUCUCCGACCACGUCCCCCGCUGCCCUUUGACCCCCUCCUUAUCGCCACGAAAACGGACCACGAGCCUGUCAAAGACGGAGCCUCCGCUGCUGAGGACCAACAAGCGGACCAUCUACACUGCAGGCAGACCACCGUGGUACAACGUCACCGGGACCACUUUCAAAGAGGCUUUCGUUAUCGGUCUGUGCGGAGGAAGUGCUUCUGGUAAAACCACAGUCGCAAAUAAGAUCAUCGAGGCGCUCGACGUUCCCUGGGUGGUUCUGCUGUCUAUGGACUCCUUCUACAAGGUGCUGAAUAAAGAAGAUCAGGAACUGGCGGCCAAGAACGAGUAUAACUUUGACCACCCGGACGCCUUCGACUUCGAGUUGCUGGUCACCGUCCUCAGAAAGCUGAAGAAGGGAAAAAGCAUCAAAGUGCCGGUUUACGACUUCACCUCUCACUGCAGACGCAAAGAAUGGAAAACAGUGUACGGGGCCAAUGUCGUCAUCUUCGAGGGGAUCCUGGCCUUCGCCAACAAGGAGCUUCUGAAGCUUCUGGACAUGAAGGUGUUUGUUGACACAGACUCCGACAUCCGCCUGAUACGGCGGCUGAAGAGGGACAUUUCACAGCGUGGACGGAACAUCGGCGGCAUCAUCAAGCAAUACAAUAAGUAUGUGAAGCCGGCGUUCGAGCAGUACAUCGAGCCCACGGUGCAGGUCGCUGACAUCGUGGUGCCCAGAGGAGGGGAGAAUUUCGUAGCGUUGGAUUUAAUCGUUCAACACGUUCACAGUCAACUGGAGAAGCGUGAGAUCACUGUGAGAUCGGCUCUGGCCUCGGCUCAUCAGGGUCAGCCGUUACCCGAAACCCUCAGUGUAAUGGAGAGCACGCCGCAGGUCCGCGGCAUGCACACCAUCAUCAGGAACAAGGAGACAAACCGAGACGAGUUUAUCUUCUACUCCAAGAGAUUAAUGAGGCUUCUGAUCGAACACGCCCUCUCCUUCCUACCUCUCAAGCCAGUUUCUGUGGAGACGCCUCAGGGUGGCGUCUACGACGGCAAGAGGCUGAACGGCAAACGAAUCACCGGCGUCUCCAUCCUGAGAGCAGGAGAGACCAUGGAGCAGGCUCUGAUGGCCGUGUGUAAAGACAUCCGACUGGGAAAGAUCCUCAUCCAGACCAACCAUGACACUGGAGAACCAGAGCUUCACUACCUCCGUCUGCCCAAAGACAUCAGUGAGGACUACGUCAUCCUGAUGGACAGCACCGUGUCCACCGGAGCGGCUGCCCUCAUGGCGGUCAGAGUUCUGCUGGACCACGACGUAGCGGAGGACAAGAUCUUCCUGUUGUCCCUGCUAAUGGCAGAGAUGGGCGUGCACUCGGUGGCCUACGCGUUCCCUAAAGUCCGCAUCAUCACGACGGCCGUGGACAAAGAGGUCAACGACCAGUUCCACAUCAUACCAGGCAUCGGUAAUUUUGGAGAUCGUUACUUCGGCACGGACGCUCCGUCGGACUGGUGUGAGAGUGAUGAGGGGAUGGACUUCUGAGGAGAGGACCAAUCACAGACGUGGAGAGUUGUUACAAACGCACUUAUCUGUUUAAAGAUGCUCAGACCUGCUCGGCUCCGUCUCCGUCCUCCUGACCGGUGAGGUGACGCUGCACGAACUGAGCAGAGUUCAGCGUUAGGUCAGCGAGGAGCUCGGUCCACUCACGCCAGGCAGGUCUCAGUCCAUUCCCCAUUCCUGUUUACAAGUGUGAAGAGGUCAAAGUGUUCAGUGUUACCUCUCACGUGGAUAUUCUCUGGCUUUGACGUCUUUUCACACGCCGUCAACCUACUGAGAAGAAAUUAUCAUGAUGUUGAAACGUGUUGAAGCUGCAGACUCGAGUGUUUGCGUUCCUCUCAGGACUUUGCUCAGUACGUGUCUUUGUCCUCCUCAGCCAGACGUCGUCAGUAAAGCUAGAGCGACGCUCGGUUUUAAUCACAAGGUUCAACAGCUGGAGUAAAAGCAAAACACGUAAUAACCAAAGUUUGCACAAAGACACGACCCUCCCCCUCGUCUGAGUCUCUGUCGUUAACAUAGUAAUAUUAGUGAUUAUAAUAUCAUGAGUGUAUUUGAGCUGCUGUACUGUUCUGUCAAAACUGUGUUUUCUCAGGCAACUUUCACUGAAAGGGACGAAGACGAUCCGUGAACUUGAACAACGUUAGCGUAGCAUCGACACAGAGCCGUGACGCUCCUCUGUUUGCGCGACUAUAACAAAAACACUAAGUCGCCCAUUUAGCAUUUAGAAGCACCGAUCUAAAAAAUGGUUUACGACACAUUUCAAUGUGGGCGUGUUGUUUACGAUGACUCCUCCUGGUGCAGUAACAGAUGCAGUAACACUAGUAAAGUACAGGUGUCAUUAUUUAAAGUGUCACUAAAGGAGGAGUUAUGAAACAAACUUCACGUUCUUCUGUUUACAUCAGACGUGAGGCACCAAGCAGAUCUCAUGUUGCCUUCGUGUUUUUAUAGGAAAUAACAUAAGAGCAAAUUAUUAGACGUGGGAAUAAUAGUGUUAUAAAGAACUAAUUAUACAGUGUACUGUUUAUUAAUGCUUUUAAACAACUGCCUCAAAGAAACAAUGUCUGAUUCCACUUUAGCUGCUAACGGCCGUGUAGUUAUAAGCCAACACUUUAUUUUACAGUGCUCGUCAACAUGGUGUAAAAACAACAACUGACAGUUAAAUAACCCGAUGACCUCGUGGACCAGGAGCUGGAGUCACACCAGGUUUUCUUUCUGGUGUAAAAUCAUUUCAGUCGGUCACACGUUCGAACCUCUCUAUUUGUUUUUCUUUGUGAGGAGAGGAUAUAAACCAGACUGAUUCAUUAUCUUAAUAUUUCUAAUUAUUUAUUGUGUUGAGCAUCUUGUUGAAAAUGGAAUCACUGCCAGGUUUUCCACAUUACAGUUUGUAGCGUGAACCAGCCAGAGUCUGUGCAGCAGCGAGGUCCCCCUCGACCAAUCGCAAGUCAGUCACAGCUGUCAAUCACGUCGCUUCAUCCAGUUCUGAUAUCAUCAAAAAACGAAUUCACCAGAAACGUGACAGAAACUAUCUUUAAGAAAACUUUAUGUGAUUAGUUUGGACAACGUCGUGUCCAGUAACAUGGAGGAGGCUGCUUUAGAUUCACCUACGAGGAGCUGUUACACUAUUUAUCUUUAAACUCAGUCUGUUCCAGGUCUUGUCAGACCAACACCAGGUUUAAUGACUUUGAAACAGGUUGAACUAGAAACUCAUUCACUGGAGUUCAUUCCUCCGCCCGACAACUUUCCCUGCAGCAGUUCACACCCUCACAGACGGGCGGUUUAUGUUCAUGCACCGGAUCAAUAACCCAAGGUCACAGUUGAACCUGUUCUCGAAUCGAAUGUGGAAACUUCUCCCUCUGAGCUGAGGGAGCAACAAACUUCAGAACUCGGCUGCUGUCACUUUUAUCCGUCCUGCGUUUCCCAACUUUUUUUUAAUAUAUGGAAGCUGAUUAUCUGAAAACAACUCAAACAUGUUGCUAAUUUAAUGAACCUUAUUCACAGCGGAAAACAUCACAGGUCCAAAAAAUUCCAAGACGGGAAAGAGGCGGAGCUGUGUUCCUCUCAGAUGUUAAGAUUUCCUGCUUUCCUGUUUUAUUGAACGUGACACUGAACGUCUUUGAGUGUUGAAAUGUUGGUCGGACAAAACAAGACAUUUUUUAUUAUCGUUAAUUGAGCAAUUGACGGACAUUGUGUGAAGAUGAAUUGAUAAUGAAAGUAAUCGUUGUGUGUCUGUUUGUUUUUAUUUCGUUUUUUGUAAAUCUCUUCUCACUCGUACAGAAUUAAACAACACUACACCAACAACUGUUCUGACUGAGACCAAAUGUAAUUUUGUAUUUUUCCAGUAGAGGGCAGUGAAGGCCACAUUUCCCUGUUUGCAGCGGAUGUGACGUACAACUGCAGCUCUCAUGCUGCCUUCACGUUACGUAGGAAAUAACUCUUUUAAGAUUUGUUGACUAUGUACAAUCCAGUAAAUAGAUU